AUGAUCAGAAAUCCAAAUUACUCAAGUUUUGUUUGCUGUAGUGUUUGUAAUAAAAUAAUUCCAACAGCUCCUGUUGGGGAAACCUUCAAACGGAUCUAUGAAUACAAGCCACUUAAGACACGCUUUUAUACACACAGAGAUAUACUGGAUAUUGGAGCAAGUAUUCAGAAUAAAGAAGAGGAGUUUCGAGAAGCUAUACUCAAAGAACACAUUGCAAAAGCAGAGGCUGAAGUGUGGGCUAAGGCCAAAGAACGCCAAAAACAAGCAGUGGAAAAAGCACUUGAAGAAGCAAAUGACAAACACAGAAUUGACCUUCUGAUUCUGGAAGAGAAACAUCAAAAAGAUCUACAGGAUGUAGUGGAUAAAACCAGGUUAGAGAUGCAUCAAAACAUGGAAGAAGAAAUGAAGAGAGAAAACUUGGCUGCAGAACAACGCAUGGUCCACAGAAUCCAAAGGAUUAUGAUGGAGUGCCACAGGGAGAAGGUCUAUGCUGUGGAGUUAGCCAGGGCUGAGGAAAGGCAGAUAGCCCAAGAAGAAAUCCAGGCCCAGAAAAGGAAGGCCAUGGAGGAACUUGUGCACGCUGGUGUAUCUGUUGUUAAGGAUCAGAGGAAGAGUGUGAAUCUACUGAUAAAGGAAAAAGAACAUGAAAUGAACGUCUACUAUGGCAUGGCUCAUAGGCAGAAGCAAGAAGAGGUUCAGGAAGUGCUUCAAGAAGCAGAGAAAACACAUCAAGCUACACUUGGAAAUGUGAUGGAUAAACUGGUUAACACUCAAGGGGAGCUGUUGUCCAUAGCAAAACAACUGGGAAUCAUGACAAAUUGGAAAGAUUUUCUAGAGGAGGAAUUACAGGAAACCAGGGCAGCAUUUCAAAAAUACAUCAAUUAUACUUUUCCUUCGCUUUCACCAGGGCAAGCCGAUUUUAUUCUGCCAGAAAGAAAGAAAACACCUUCCGAUCUUGCUAUUAAUGAGAAGGAAAUAACUUAAUUAGAAGUCUUCAACUGGAAUUUCACUACAAAAGAUAUCAUUCCAAAGACCAAAUAAAUCCACUCAAAAAGCAUUUAUUGAUCCCAAUUAUGUGCAGUGUACUACUGGGUUGUAAGCAUUUCAGUAGAAGACCAAAGUAUUCAAAAGCACAUUCCAGGCUACAGUGAGCUUCAAGUCUAAAUGAGGAGAGAAAACAGUGAGAGGAAUCAAAACUGCUUAGGCGAGAAAAAGGUUACUUGGAAGAAGUCUAAACACACUUCUGGAUCUGGCUGUAUUCAUUUCAGCAUCACACAUGUAACUAUUUUAGUGUGUGUUGCAGUUGAAAACAAGUAAAGGGACAUGUUCUUAUAUUGUUACCA